AUGAGUAAUGCGAACCUCGAACCGCAGUUGAGUAAUAUAUCAGGGAAAAAAAAUCUUGAGAACAAUUCAGGAUAUUCAAACGAAGAAGUAAAAUUAAAAAUACCUGAACAGUCAUUCAAUGACUUUGAAUUAGGUAUUGAUGAAGACAUUAUUGAGUAUUUGUCUACACGAAUAUGUAAUAAAAAUCUGCAGCAUAAAAUACUGAAAAUAAAUAAUUUAAUAGACGACUAUAUUUAUAAUUAUAUCGUGAACAGUGAAGAAGGCGAAGAGAUUAACGCUCAUGUAAACAAUGCCACUCACGCAGACACAGAGAAUAAGUAUGUUUAUUCAAACAAUAUUUCAAAUAGUCAUGUUAAUAUGGAUGGAAAUAAGAAAAGUGGCUCCUCUAGCGAAAAUGUAGACGAUCUAAAUUCGAAAAAAGAUAAAAGUAAAAAUUGUAAUUCUUCCAAACAACAAGAUGAUUUUCAUAAAAUAAAAAUGAUGAAUUUCCUAGGUGAAAACAACAUUGUAUAUAACAGUAAAGCUAAACAAAACAAUGUAUUAUUUUUAUGUUAUGAUAAAAAAAAUGAGGAGUGCAAUACGUGUGACAGAUAUAGGAAAAAUUAUAUGUCAAAUAUGAAGCCGACUGACAACACUAAUCCAUCAAAUGAAUGUAAGAUAAAUGGAACAAAUGAAAUUAGCAUAUUAAACACCCUAAAUGACUACUUUUUCGUUCUUGGAUCUACUUCUAACUCUAGAAAGUAUAUCUUAAAGAAAAGUAAUUUAGAUUUCCUAUCAAUUCGUACACGUAUUAAUGAAAAAAAAAUUGGUUGUAGGAAAAGACACGACCCUUUUACCUUAACAUCAAACAUUUCAGUAGCGAAAGGAAUAAAGCUAUUAAAUACGAUUAAAAGAAAUAAAGAGCUGAAGUUACAAAUUGAGCAAAUUAGCAAAAACAAAAAAGUUAUAUUAUUAGUCGGGGACGAAGUAAUAUACUGUAAUAAUAAAAUAUAUGAGAAACCAAAAAAUGAAAUGGAAGCAUAUAACUUUCUUAAAUCAUAUAACAAUAAUGUUAUCUAUAGUUAUAGUAGUAUUACAUUAAUUGAGUUAAAAACGGAAAAGUUUAUAACAGGAAUUGAUGAAUCUAUUAUUAAUAUAUAUAAUAUGGAUGAUGACAUUAUAAGCAAAAUAAUGAUGGAUUCUUCUAUUUAUUAUUGUGCUGGUGCUUUAAAAAUUGAAAAUACUCAUAUGCGUAAGCAUAUAAAAGUUAUUAAAGGAAAUAUUGACAGCAUUUUUGGUUUGUCCCUUAAUCUGCUAUCUCAUCUUGUGAAUUUCUUAUAA